CGUCAGUCCCCCUUGGUCUCGCUUCAGGCCAGGCGGGGUUAGCGGCUUGUUAAUUUUUCUUAUUUUCUUUGUGACAGUGCGGCAAAAUGUAUAAAUUAGUGAAGGGAAGGUUCGGGUAUGCGGUGCGGGUGGUGGGCGGCACACAGGCCAGGUGGGCGCGGCAGAAGCUGUCUGGCCGUGGAGAACAAGAGGCGCUAGGGCAAGUGGUGGUGCCCAUAGCGAGACACUUCACCUCGCUGCAUAACACUCGCGGGGCAUUGCUGCGGCUGCCGGAGCCUAGGUACAGCGCGCCCCAGAGAGGCAUUGGCAUGCUGGUGGCCCGGGUGCUGCGUGGUGCUCUCAAGAUACGUUACCUUCUCCUGGGCGGGAGCAUUGCAGGAGGCAGCGCUCUAGCCAAGACUUAUGAACAGUGGAAGGAAGCAUUGCCAGACGCCAAGUUCCUGGAGGAGCUGCUUCCCUCACAGGAGGACCUGGAUUCCAUCAGGGCCUCCCUCAUAACCUACAGGGACAAGAUCAAGGACUCCAUACCUGAGUUCUCCUUAGACCCCAAGCUGUGGGAGGCAGGGGAGGAGGGAUACAGCCAGGUAGCCCAGUGGUUCAAGGAGAGGCUGGAUGAUGCUAUACAGGCAGCUGAGGAGGACAAGAAGAGCGGCUCAUCUAUCUUCUCUGACGGCGAGAUCCUUACCCUGUCCGGGGGGGUCGGUGCCCCUACGCCAUUGGCCAAAGACUUUUCCCCGGAUCUGAAGCAACAUGCCCUCUCCUUCACGUCAAUGGGCGGCUCAGCGGAGAAGGAGAGAGAGAAAGCUGACCUCCUCCGCAUGAGACUCUCCCAGCUCGAGGCAGAACUCCAGGAAAAGACAGACCACUUCACAAAAGAGCUUGCCAGUGUUGUCCAUGAGAAUGCCGAUCUCAAACAAAAGAUCCAAUCCAAUGACAACAUAAGGGAGAAAUAUGAGAGUCUGCAGGAGGAGUUGAUGCAGGUCCAACUGAAGUACCAGAGAGAGAUAGAGCGCCUGGAGAAGGACAACAAGGAGCUCCGUAAAUCCCUCAUGCUACGUGCCGGGGACAAGGUGGCAAGGAAGAAGGUGAAGAAGUCCCUGAUAGAUAUGUACAGUGAGGUGCUGGAUGAGCUGUGUGACUACGACAGCAGCUACGACACACAGGACCACUUGCCUCGGGUGGUGGUGGUGGGUGAUCAGAGCUCCGGCAAGACGUCUGUGCUGGAGAUGGUGGCUCAGGCGCGCAUCUUUCCAAGGGGUGCUGGAGAGAUGAUGACGCGAGCCCCUGUCAUGGUCACCCUCAGUGAAGGGCCGUACCACAUCGCCUCCUUCAAAGACUCCACACGCGAGUUUGAUCUCACGAAGGAGUCUGAGUUGGCUGAGCUGAGGAAGGAGGUGGAGUUGAGGAUGAGGAACAGUGUGAGGAAUGGACGCACAGUGAGCCACGAGGUGAUCUCCAUGACGGUGAAGGGGCCCGGCCUGCAGCGGAUGGUGCUGGUGGACCUGCCUGGCAUCAUCAGUACGGUGACGACAGACAUGGCGGCGGACACAAGGGAGGCGAUCCGCAGCAUCUCCCAGCAGUACAUGUCCAACCCCAACGCCAUCAUCCUGUGCAUCCAGGAUGGCUCCGUUGAUGCCGAGCGAUCCAAUGUGACAGACCUGGUGAGCCAGAUGGAUCCCCAAGGCAAGAGGACCAUCUUUGUGCUCACUAAGGUGGACCUGGCUGAGGAAAAUUUGGCCAAUCCUGACAGGAUAAGGAAGAUUCUGGCAGGCAAGCUGUUCCCAAUGCGGGCGCUGGGCUAUUUUGCGGUGGUGACGGGCCGUGGCAACCAGGAAGACUCCAUCCAGGACAUCAAGGACUAUGAGGAGUCCUUCUUCAGCUCCUCCAGGAUAUUCAAGGGCGGCGUGAUCAACAGCCACCAGUGCACCACCAGAAAUUUGAGCUUUGCCGUGUCGGAGCGGUUCUGGAAGAUGGUUCGGGACACGGUGGAGCAGCAGGCGGAUGCAUUCAAGGCCACACGCUUCAACCUGGAGACCGAGUGGAAGAACAACUUUCCCCGCACUCGGGAACUGGACCGGGAUGAGCUAUUUGAGAAGGCACGCGGGGACAUCCUUGACGAGGUGGUGAACUUAUCCCAGGUAUCGCCCAAGCAGUGGGAGGAGGUGCUGUCCAAGAAGAUGUGGGAGAAGAUGGCCACCUACAUCUUUGAGAACAUCUACCUACCCGCUGCCCAGGCCACCAGCUCAGGAACCUUCAACACCACUGCUGACAUCCGCCUCAAACAGUGGGCGGACCAGAUGCUGCCCCGGCGCUGUGUGGAGGUGGGCUGGGAGACGCUGCAGGAUGAGUUUCGUAAGUUUAUCGAGCGUGCUAAGAAUUCCAAGGACCACGACACCAUCUUUGACAACCUGAAGGCGUGUGUGGUGGAUGAGGCGAUGAGGAGGCAUGCUUGGGAGGACAAGGCUGCUGACGUGCUGCGGGUGAUCCAGCUCAAUGCCCUGGAGGACCGCUCAGUCAGUGACAAACAGCAGUGGGAUGCAGCCUGCCAUUUCCUAGAGGAGUCGGUGAAGGAGAAGCUGACUGCCACUGAGAGUACAUUACGGGAGAUGGUUGGGCCAGGAACAUGGGAGCAAUGGCUGUACUGGACUUACCCCUCUGAGGACCAGAAGCGGCGAGCAACAGUGAGGGCCGAGCUCGAGAAACUCCUUGCCACAGAUUAUAACCACAAGAACACACUGACAUACGAUGAAGUGACGGCCGUGAGGAAGAACACUCAGAGCUGUGGGGUGGAGGUGGACAACGAGUUCAUCAGGGAGAUGUGGCACCCGGUGUACAGGCGGCACUUUCUGCGCCGCGCCCUGGCCAAGGCCUAUGACUGCCGCAAAGCCUUCUACGCCUAUCACCAAGGCCUGGAGGGGGAGCUGGGGGUUGAGUGCAAUGACGUGGUGCUCUUCUGGCGGAUCCAGCAGAUGUUCAAGAUAACGGCCAAUGCUCUCCGCCAGCAGGUCAUGAACAGGGAAGCGCGGCGCCUGGAGAAGGAGAUCAAGGAAGUGCUGGAGGAGUUUGGAUGUGACCAGGAGAAGAAGGAGCAGUUGCUGACAGGCCGGAGAGUCUUGUUAGCAGAGGAGAUGAAGAGAGUGAGACAAAUUCAGGAGAAGCUUGAAGAAUUUAUCCAUGCACUAAAUGCUGAGAAGUGAUAGUUCAAGAUGGCAGUAUUGCAAGUGUUGACUAUUUAUUGUGAAAACACAUCAUGUUGACUAAAGCUGUGAGGAGUCAAGACAGUACUCAGCCAUAGAGUUGUGGCGCGGCCUAGACAUAGACGCCCGGUAGAGCUGUACAGUAGUUUUCCAAAACUAAGACAGUCUUGAUUUAAAGUUUUAAAAACUCAUUUUUAUCUUGUUGAAAAUGUUAUGACUGGCAAUGCCUGACCUUGAAUGAAGAACAUUUUAUUCUGCACCAAACACAAUGCUGACAUGGGACAACAGCCGAGAGAUGUUACGUUACGACCUGACAUGUAUAUUUAUGUAUAUUUGUCAACACCUGACAAUGAACUGGAAAAGUAAUGCAAAACACUUGAUACUUGUUGAAUCUUAUAUCUGACAAUAUAACUGAAUACAUGUUUAAUAUUGUACGUUUGACUGAAUACAUAAAGUUGUACAUCAUCAUAUAUGAAUAGCAUAAAACCAUAUUAAAAAGGCUUCAGAUGACAGUUAAAACAUCUGAAACCACCAACUUGAGAGGUUUACUUUUACAAUAUCUCAUUACUGCUGCAGGAUCACACUCUGCUAUAUUGGCUCUGAGUAGUUUUAUCAACUUCAUGAUGAAAUGCAAAGGUUUUAUUGCAUAAAAAGUGAGGAAAGAGGAGUGGUUUGAAAACCUAAUAUGCAAUAUGUUGAUGGAUCAGAAUGUUUGGUGUCACACAGCUUGCCUACCGAGAGAGAAAAUUCACAUACCAAAUAUUACCAGUGUUCAACUCACAAACUCUUCAUCCUUCAAUGCUACAGGACAUUUCCUCUACAAACAUUAGCCAUUCAUCUCCUUAUUCUAAUGUUGACUGGAAUACUUGAGAUUUGUGCUGCAUUUACUGGAUAAAUUACACAAAAGCUGUGUUGUGUUAAGUAUAGUGAUGCAAGUGAUACAGGUGUUGUCAUGCCUAGCCUAUUUUCUCCUAGUCAUAUUUGUUUGUGUUUGUCAAAGUUGUAUCAUAUGAGGGCUAAAACUUAUUAUUUUUUUAAGGUUAUCAUGUGUGGGGUUAUCCAAUGGUCUUGUUGCUUGUGGUGAAACUUAUAUGUUAUGGUCUCUUGCAAAGUCUUACAUGAAACUACUACACGCCUCUCUCCUGCACUUUUCUUACAGUUGCCUUCAUUCGGCCUCUCCUCACAGCUUAUCCCUUCCUCUUCAACACUCCUCACAGCCUCUCUACAAGACUCCUUCCUCUCCCACAUACCUCACAGUCUCCCUUUAAGACCCCUUCCUCUCCCACACUCCUCACAGCCUCUCUACAAGACUCUUUCCUCUCCCACACAUCUCACAGCCUCCCUUUAAAACUCCCACCUCUCACAGCCUCUCUGGGACAUCUGUCUCCCACACUCAGUUUUUUCUCACCUUUCACUUUCUCCCUAAGACUAUCCUCUCUUUCAUCCAUCAGCAGUCCAAUUAUACUUGCCUCUCUUGCCUUCCAUCUAAAGACUCAUAAUAAACUCUUCUCUUCUACUAAGUCUCCUAAUAUACCCAACUCUUCUCCAUCGAGACUGCUAUUAUGCUGCUCUCGUCUUCUCUAACAUCCAAGGUAAUGUUUCCUCCCAUGUUCCCUUUGUCACAUGUUGAGAGAAAGCAUUAUUCCACCAUUACCACCACCACAUCAGACAAGCUGGUUGAAAGUGGAAGUGUUUAUAUUUUGUGAAAAGAAAGAUGUAUUAUAGUAAUGUAUGGGGAACUGUAAUAUGUUUGACUGGUUGGUCACAUUUCUAAUGUAAGAUGUGUAAAUAAAUAUACCUUCGUUU